AUGCGUGAGAUUGUUCACAUUCAAGCCGGCCAAUGUGGUAAUCAAAUUGGAUCGAAGUUCUGGGAAGUAAUAUCUGACGAGCAUGGCAUUGACCCAACCGGACAAUAUGUUGGAGACUCUGAUCUUCAACUCGAGAGAAUCAACGUCUACUACAACGAAGCUGGAGGCAACAAAUAUGUUCCAAGAGCUGUCCUAGUAGAUUUGGAGCCUGGAACCAUGGACUCCGUGCGUUCCGGACCAUUCGGUCAACUUUUCCGUCCAGAUAACUUUGUUUUCGGACAAAGUGGAGCAGGAAACAACUGGGCUAAGGGACAUUACACUGAAGGAGCUGAACUAGUUGACAAUGUGUUGGAUGUUGUGAGAAAAGAGGCUGAGAGCACUGACUGUCUUCAAGGAUUCCAACUGACUCAUUCACUUGGAGGAGGUACCGGAUCUGGAAUGGGAACCCUCCUCAUCUCCAAAAUCCGUGAAGAAUAUCCUGAUAGAAUCAUGAACACCUUCUCUGUUGUUCCUAGUCCAAAAGUGUCAGAUACGGUCGUCGAACCAUAUAACGCGACCCUCUCCGUCCACCAGCUUGUCGAGAACACAGACGAGACAUUCUGCAUUGACAACGAGGCAUUGUACGACAUCUGCUUCCGCACUCUGAAACUAACUACCCCAACAUACGGAGACCUCAACCAUCUGGUCAGUGCCACAAUGAGUGGUGUCACCACUUGCCUUCGUUUCCCCGGUCAACUCAAUGCGGAUCUCCGUAAGUUGGCAGUCAACAUGGUUCCAUUCCCUCGUCUUCAUUUCUUCAUGCCUGGAUUUGCUCCGUUGACCAGCAGAAGUAACCAACAGUACCGCGCGAUCACUGUUCCGGAACUCACCCAACAAUGUUUCGAUGCUAAGAACAUGAUGGCCGCCUGUGAUCCAAGACAUGGACGUUAUUUGACCGCCGCCGCUAUCUUCCGUGGAAGAAUGAGCAUGAAGGAGGUUGAUGAACAAAUGCUCAAUAUCCAGAACAAGAACUCCUCCUAUUUCGUUGACUGGAUCCCGAACAAUGUCAAGACCGCAGUCUGUGACAUUCCACCAAGAGGACUCAAGAUGUCUGCCACCUUCAUCGGAAACUCAACUGCCAUCCAAGAGUUGUUCAAGAGAAUCAGCGAGCAGUUCACUGCCAUGUUCCGCCGUAAGGCCUUCCUUCAUUGGUACACUGGUGAAGGUAUGGAUGAGAUGGAGUUCACUGAGGCUGAAAGCAACAUGAACGACUUGGUAUCCGAGUACCAGCAAUACCAGGAGGCUGCCGCCGAUGAGGAUGCCGCCGAAGCUUUCGAUGGAGAGUAA